AUGGAUCUGUUGAAGAUGGCUAUCAAUUACAUUGAGUUUCUACAAGAGAGGCUUGUCGACUCGAUAAAACCUGCUGAGGAGGAGAUUGCGCCGGCGGCUGCUCCUGUUGAAGACGCUGAAGUCCCUCACGCAAAAUACAAGCACGGCAAGAAGAGGGGCAAGCAGACGCGGGAUAACCCUCCGAGGCGGAAGAGCAAGAAGCCCGUCGAGCCUCCCUCCGCAGUGCCGAACGUCCCGACCCCGAGCGUUGCCGAGGAUGCUCCGUUUCAGAUGCUGCCUCCGCUCUGGCAACCGUACCCAUUCCCGUUCCCAAUCCCGACCAUGUCCGACGUCUUCUACCCCUCUGGAUUGCCGAUGCCUCAGACGCCACAGAAGCUGUGCGCCGCAUUCGCCAAGCUUCGCGACCUGCUCCCAGCCCCAACGGCAGACGGCCACAAAUUUCGUUUCAUUAAGCUAGAGGUGCUGAAGAUGGCCACCGAAUAUAUCGAUUAUCUCGGAAAGUUACGCCUUGAAAUUGCAGCGAUGGUAAUCACCUCCGAGUUCACGACCGACGCCCCGACGCAGCCACUCCACAUUUCACUCCUCGACAAAUAUGAGUAUUUUGCCAAGGAACGCCCCGAUUUGAUCGUUUUUCGCAACUCGGAGAACCACGACGACUGCCUCACCUACGCCCAGCUCCGCGAUAACGUAUGCAGCAUCAUACUACCAAACUGCUGGCAAUUUCCUAUUGCCAUGAUUGGUGCCUGGACCGCCGGAAUGACGGCUUCCGGCGCUAGCGUGCAGUUUACGCAUUACGAACUCAAGCACCAGUUCGACGAUUCCGAAGCUUCUGUUAUCAUCACGGAAGAUACAUACCUAGACAAAGUCUUAAAAGCUGCCGAGGGCUCGAAGAGGAUUCGGAAAAUCAUCGCCCUCCGAACAAAGCCAGACCCGCUACCAAAGGGUGUCAUGGAUUUUGAAGAAAUGCUAAAGUGCAAGCCCGAUUUCGACUACAAAGCAGUGAAAUUUGAUUUGAAGGAAGAUUUGAUUACGCUACCAUAUAGUUCGGGAACCACGGGAGCUCCAAAGGGCGUUAUGAUCACCCACUUCAACCUGGCGAGCUGUCUGGAGAUGUUUUUAUUCAACGAAAAGCGCAAAUGGGCCGAGCUAGGGAUGCCUUUUGACAUUGUGAUCGGCAGAAAUUCACUGGCUAUACUGCCGCAGUAUCAUGCUAUGGGAAUGUUUACCAUGGUCGCCCUCACAUUCAUGGGGAUUCAACAAAUCAUGUUCCGCAAGUUCCACCUCGAGUCGAUGCUAAUGCAUAUCGAGAAGUUUGAUACAACAGUCCUGAUCCUCGUGCCGGCCAUCAUCAACCAAAUGGCGUUCUCCCCUCUACUAGACAAAUACGACAUGUCGUGUCUGAUGACGAUCAAUUCCGGGUCAGCUCCGUUGAGCAAGAACGUCAUCGAGAGGUUGAAGGAGAGACUACCGGAUAUCAAUAUUAGGCAGAGCUACGGUAUGACGGAAAUGUCACUUGGAUGCCACUUUUCCGUAUUGAACCAACCAGACAAUGCGACCGGAAAGCUGACCGCUAAUAUGUCGAUGAAGGUAGUAAACCAAGAAACCGGAAAAGAGUGCGGGCCGAUGGAGAUGGGCGAGUUACGAGUAAAGGGACCAGUGAUCAUGAAAGGCUACAAAAAUCGGCCCGAAGACACGAAGAAGACGCUCGAUGCGGAUGGAUGGUUGAUUACAGGAGACCUCGUCUACUACGACAAAGAGGGGUUCUUAUACGUUUGUGAGCGGGCAAAGGAGUUGAUCAAGGUCAAGGGGGCACAGGUCGCGCCAGCAGAGCUAGAAGACGUCAUCCUCGGUCAUUCUGGAGUCGUCGACUGUGCGGUGGUUGGUGUUCAGCACGAGAUAAACGGAGAGGCCCCACGAGCCUUCGUGGUCCGAAAAAGUGACGGCGUAUCUGAAGAGGAUAUCCAUCGCUUUGUUAAUGAACGCGUUGCCCGGUAUAAACAACUCACUGGCGGCAUCAUUUUCGUCGAAACAAUCCCCCGGACCCCAACUGGAAAAAUUCUAAGGCGACGCCUGAAGGAGAUGUAUCCUGCGGAGAAUUCUGAAAUCAGGGCCAAGCUG